GGGCGGCAUGAGCAACAUGCUUUUCUUGUGUCGAUUAACUGAAAAUCACCCGCCUAUUAAAAACGAACCUGACAAAGUGCUAUUGCGGGUUUAUUUUAAUCCCGAGACUGAGAGCCAUUUGGUCGCAGAGUCUGUAAUUUUCACGCUUUUUUCUGAGCGUCAUCUUGGUCCAAAACUUUAUGGAAUUUUUAGUGGAGGUCGGCUCGAGGAAUACAUCCCGUCGAGACCACUUACAUGCACUGAAAUAUCAUAUCCGAAUAUGGCAAAUAAGAUUUCUAAGCGACUUGCUAGAGUGCAUCAGCUUGAUCCGGACUAUAUUUGUGACGCGUUGGACAGGUGGUUAAAUCAGUUGAGACUAACACCCAGUGGAUCAUCUGAUUUUAUCAUGCCGCAAAAAUAUUUGGAAUGGGCUCCGGAAAAGAUUAGCUGUGAUGACUUGUUGCACGAAAUCGAGAAUUUACGUUCUCUGAUUGUACAUAGUCAAAGUCUUGUGACAUUUUGUCAUAAUGAUUUACAAGAAGGGAAUAUUCUUCUGCCAAAAGGAAGUUCUGGCAAUAUAAGAUUGCAGUCAUCUACUGAAGUAUAUGGAGAUGGUGGACAAAGUAAUUCUCUAAGUGCUUUCAAUCCUAUGGAUUUGCGUCUUGUCCUUAUAGAUUUUGAGUAUGCCAGUUACAAUUACAGAGGUUUUGACUUUGCGAAUCACUUUGUUGAAUAUAGUAUCAAUUAUGAUGUAGAUCAUGCACCAUUUUAUGAGAUUCUUCCUGAAAGAUUUCCUACCGAAGAACAAAUGCUCGAGUUUAUGUAUAGUUAUGAGCGCGAGGCGAAUCCUAAGGUUUCGGAAGAACAAUUACAUGAAAGAGGGAAAAAGAUGAUAAAGGAAACAGUUCCGUUUGUACCAGUUUCGCAUUUGCUUUGGGGAGUUUGGGGGCUACUCCAAAUGGAAGUCUCUCCAGUCGGAUUCGGGUUUUCGGAAUAUGGUCGUGACAGAUUGGGUUAUUAUUAUAUGAAUAAGCAUUUAUUGGAUAAAUUUUUGGACAAAAUCUACUAG